GUCUCCACGCACAGAGUGCCGCAUGCAAGGAUCUACGAUCUGCAGCGAGAUGCCUCGCUUUGCUGCUCAGGUGGCAUGCCAAAUGCAGCCGUGAUUGUGCCAGCGGUGGUGGUCCGGAGGAGGCUAAGCGCUUCGCCCAAAGUGUUCUGGAGGCUCAGCCUCGAACUAUGAAGCUUUACAUCCGUGCGCGCAUGCGCGUGACAUCGGACAAAAGGCUGUCGUCACCCCUCCGCAGCGAUGCAGCGACGGCGGUGCUGGAUUGGCUACAACUCGGCAUUCAUGAAGGCGAUUCUCUGAAUCCUGUGGGCAAGGAGACGCCCAGCUCAGACAAGGCAGCCAGGCGCUGGCUCCACGCCUCGAAGGCCUGGAUGCGAAUCUGGAAGCAGCGCGGCCGGGAUGCCGAUGCCUUGCAAAAGGAGCUCAACUCGAUGCAGGCUCAGUUUCGGGGAGCGCUCCUGGAGUCCUUGAAGCGGCAGCAAUGUGCCUUCACAGAGAUGCAGCAACUGGCAGAG